CAUUCUCUCUUAACCUGCGUAGCCCAGGCUUCGCUUACCUUAUCCUAUCCUCACUCACUCUAUUUCUUUUUCUAUCUCUCUCUCACUCGCAAUCUAUAUUCUCUCCCUAACCACUCUUUCUCUUCUCUCUUAAUUUCCCCACCACCUCUCUUCUUUCUCAUUCAUUUCCCACACUAUCAAAAUCUUCCUCCACAGCAGCUUCGUCGGCGGUUUAAUUUUCUCUUGCGCCAUCAUCCCAAUAAUAACAAUUUUUUUUCUCUCUCUCGAUUGUUACUCUCUGUUUAAAUAUAAAGAAAAAUUCGAGAGCUCUGAACGACGCACAGAUAUUUGUUACUUUCUAUUUCACAUGCAGAGAUAUAUAUAUUUGUGUUUUGUGUUGUGUGCUCGAUGAAUCCAACUAUUGUUGCUUAGUAAUUUCCGUCCACGAGAAGCUAGCGGCCGAAGCUGUAUAAAUUUUCCGAAACGUCUAAUCACUACUAAUUCAACGGAUUGAUUGAUUCCUUCCUUCCGUUCGAGUGCAAUGGCUCCCAAAACUGGCAAAACCAAACCGCACAAGGCCAAGGGAGACAAGAAGAAAAGAGAAGAGAAAGAAUCAACAUUCAAACGCCGUCGUUCUGUUUUGCCCACCGUCAUCGAAAUUACAGUAGAAACACCAGACGAAUCGCAAGUUACUCUCAAGGGCAUAUCCACGGAUAGGAUCCUAGAUGUGAGAAAGCUGUUAGCGGUACACGUUGAGACUUGUUCCUUGACCAAUUUUUCCUUAUCUCAUGAGGUGCGAGGCGCGAGGCUGAAAGACACGGUCGAGAUCGUUUCCUUGAAACCCUGCCAUCUGACCAUCGUCCAAGAGGACUACACGGAAGAGCUUGCCGUCGCACACAUUCGGCGACUCCUUGACAUCGUGGCCUGCACCACGUCCUUUGCCUCCGCCACAAAACCUCCCGCCUGCAAGUCCAAAGACCCCACCGAGCCGGGUUCAGAAAAUGGAUCGGAAACAAGCCCAAGACUCAAACCCGUGGAUCCGAAUUCGGACUCGGGCAAUGCCAAAGCUGACAAAGUGGACGGUGACAUCUCCAUGUGUCCACCUCCCAGGCUUGGACAGUUCUACGAUUUCUUUUCGUUUUCGCACCUUACGCCGCCGUUUCAGUACAUACGGAAAUCAAAUCGACCUUUCCUUGAGGAAAAAACAGAAGAUGAUUUCUUUCAGAUUGAUGUAAUGUUAAAAGGAGGAUCUAGGAGAGGAACCUACAAGGGUAUUGUAAAUUUGAGUUGUGAAAAAAUAAAGGUUAGAGUUUGUAGUGGAAAACCUACUACAAUUGUUGCUUCUAGAAUAGGAUUCUAUCCUGCUGGAAAACAUCCGCUUGUGAGUCAUACAUUGGUGGGUCUGCUUCAGCAGAUAAGCAGGGUUUUUGAUGCUGCUUACAAGGCACUUAUGAAGGCGUUCACGGAACACAAUAAAUUUGGUAAUCUUCCUUAUGGUUUUCGUGAAAACACAUGGGUUGUUCCUCCGGUUGUUUCUGAUAAUCCAUCCAUUUUUCCACCACUUCCCAUGGAAGAUGAAACUUGGGGAGGAAAUGGGGGUGGACAAGGCAGAAGUGUUAGUCACGAAAAUAGACAGUGGGCGAGAGACUUUGCAAUUCUAGCUGCAAUGCCAUGUCAAACUGCAGAGGAGAGACAGAUUCGGGAUAGGAAAGCUUUUCUACUUCAUAGUUUAUUUGUUGAUGUAUCGGUCUUCAAAGCUGUUUCUGUAAUAAAAAAUUUAGUGGAUAUUAAGCAAAACUCUUCUUUGCCAACUUCCUAUGAAGAAAGAGUUGGAGAUUUAACUAUUAAAGUGACAAGAGAUGUAUCCGAUGCAAGUUUGAAGUUGGACUGCAAAAAUGAUGGAAAUCGAGUUCUUGGAUUGUCUGAAGAAGAACUAGCUCAGAGAAACCUUCUCAAAGGCAUAACUGCUGAUGAGAGUGCAACUGUUCAUGAUACUCCUACUCUUGGUGCAGUACUUAUAAAACACUGUGGCUACACAGCUGUUGUAAAGGUCUCCGCUGACAGAGAUUUGGAAGGGAGUCCCACUUCGUCGGAAAUUGAUAUUGAAGAGCAGCCUGAAGGAGGUGCAAACGCAUUGAAUGUUAACAGCUUAAGGAUGAUAUUGCAUAGGCCAUCUACACUCCAAUCAUCAAAUGCAAUUCAACGAAUCCAAGGCACAGACAUUGAAUAUUCACGGUCAACUCAAUCAUUGGUAAGGAAAGUCCUUGAAGAAAGUUUACAAAAUUUGAAGGAAGAAACCACUAGACCCAGAAAAUCUAUUAGAUGGGAGCUUGGGGCAUGUUGGGUACAACAUUUACAAAAUCAAGCUACUGGGAAAUCUGAGCCAAAAAAGGCAGAAGAGGCUAAGAUUGAGCCAGCUGUUAAAGGUCUUGGGAAGCAAGGUGGAUUACUAAAGGAAUUAAAGAAAAAAAUUGAUAACAAAAACUCCAAAGUUGAAUUGGGAAAGGAUAUUUCCCCAUCUAAUAAUGGCAAUGACAUAAACAAGCAAGAAGCCACGAAACAGGAAUUAGAGAGACAAGGUGAAGAAAAGGAAACUAUAUGGAGAAAGCUACUUUCUGAUGCUGCAUUUACACGUCUUAAAGAAUCUAAAACUGAUCUUCAUCUGAAGUCACCUGAUGAAUUGAUGGACAUGGCACAUAAAUAUUAUGUUGAUACUGCACUUCCAAAGCUGGUGGCAGAUUUUGCGUCCCUUGAACUCUCACCUGUUGAUGGAAGGACGUUGACCGAUUUCAUGCAUACCAGGGGCUUGCAAAUGUCUUCGUUAGGCCAAGUGGUUGAGCUUGCAGAUAAACUUCCUCAUGUGCAAUCUCUAUGUAUACAUGAGAUGGUUGUUCGAGCCUACAAGCAUAUUUUACAGGCAGUUGUUGCUGCAGUUGAUAAUGUUUCUGAAUUGGCUUCAUCUAUUGCAUCAUGCCUAAAUAUAUUGUUGGGAACACCAACAUCUGAAACUAGUGAUGAAGAUAUUAUUACUAGUUAUGAACUGAAAUGGAAAUGGGUAGAAAACUUUCUUCUGAAGAGAUUUGGAUGGCAAUGGAAGGAUGAAAAUGGUCAAGAUUUAAGAAAGUUUGCCAUUCUUCGGGGACUCUGCCAUAAGGUAGGGCUUGAACUGGUUCCUAGGGACUAUGAUAUAGAUUCAUCAUGUCCUUUUAGAAAGACGGAUAUUGUAAGCAUGGUCCCCAUAUAUAAGCAUGUAGCUUGCUCAUCUGCUGAUGGCCGCACACUUUUGGAAUCAUCCAAGACUUCCUUGGAUAAAGGUAAAUUGGAGGAUGCUGUCAAUUAUGGCACAAAGGCACUCUCAAAAUUAGUGUCGGUAUGUGGCCCUUACCAUAGAAUGACAGCAGGAGCAUAUAGUCUCUUGGCUGUUGUGCUGUACCACACUGGAGAUUUCAAUCAGGCAACUAUCUAUCAGCAAAAGGCACUAGAUAUUAACGAAAGAGAGCUUGGACUGGACCAUCCUGAUACGAUGAAAAGUUAUGGGGAUCUUGCUGUUUUCUAUUAUCGACUCCAACAUACGGAGUUGGCUUUAAAGUAUGUUAAUCGUGCUUUGUAUCUUCUGCACUUAACUUGCGGACCUUCACAUCCAAACACUGCUGCCACCUACAUUAACGUAGCAAUGAUGGAAGAAGGAUUAGGAAAUGUCCAUGUUGCUCUCAGAUACCUUCACGAGGCUUUAAAAUGUAACAAAAGAUUACUUGGAGCUGAUCAUAUUCAGACGGCUGCAAGCUAUCAUGCAAUAGCUAUUGCUCUUUCUUUGAUGGAAGCAUACUCUCUAAGUGUUCAGCAUGAACAGACUACCCUUCAGAUCCUGCAGGCUAAACUUGGUUCUGAUGAUCUAAGGACACAGGAUGCGGCAGCAUGGCUGGAAUACUUCGAGUCAAAGGCUCUGGAGCAACAGGAGGCUGCACGGAAUGGUACACCUAAGCCAGAUGCCUCAAUCUCCAGCAAAGGUCAUUUAAGUGUGUCAGACCUCUUGGACUACAUAACACCGGACGCAGAUCAGAAAGCGCGGGAAGCACAGAAAAAGGCUCGUGCCAAGUUAAAGGGAAAACCAGGCCAAAACUGGGAAACAGCUUCAGAUGAAAAUCAGAAGGAUGAAGACAUGUCUAAAGGUUAUUCAUUUACAGAGACUACUAGUGAUAAAGAAAAUAAAUCUGAAGCUCAAAUUAAAGACAACGGGAUUGAUAAAGCUGAGUCCAUUCACAUAGAUCAAACGAUGCCCAAUGAAAGUAAUAAUAAACUGGCACAGGAUGACAGCUCGGAUGAAGGGUGGCAGGAAGCUGUUCCCAAAAGUCGGUCACUCACUGGGCGCAAGUCAUCUUCAUCUAGAAGGCCCACCCUAGCAAAACUAAACACUAACUUCAUGAAUGUUUCUCAGUCAAGAUAUCGAGCCAAGCCUAAUAAUUUCUCUUCUCCAAGAACAAAUUCAAAUGAGACCAUUGUAGGACCAUCCCCUUCUGUUCCAAAAAAGUUUGUUAAGAGUGCAAGCUUCAGUCCAAAGCUGAAUAGCGGUAAUGCCCCCGAUGGUGGAGCAGUAAUAGACUCUAAGUCAGCUCCAGCCACCCCUGCUCCAAGUGAUCAAAUUGCUAAACCAGCUCCCUCUAGCACGGGUGUCAGUGUUCAAUCAGCAGGUAAACUUUAUUCCUACAAAGAAGUAGCCUUAGCCCCACCUGGGACAAUUGUGAAGGCGGUGGCUGAACAGUCACCAAAAGGAAAUCCUAUCCAACAAAAUUCUGAUAUUAGUGCCGUGAUAGUUGCAAUAAAGGAGACUCAAAAUAUUGUGGCAACGAAUGACGUGAACGAUUUUGGUCAGAAAUCAAUUGAUGAGAAAAUACAAAUCCCUGGCCAUGAAGAAAAAACAGAAAAGGAAACCACGGUGGUGGACGGUAAUACAGAAACAGUAAAUAGCAAGGCCGACGACGAGGUUGCACUUAAAAUCCAGGAAGCUAGCGUUGUUUCCGUGAUAGAGAAGAAAAGUGAAGUUGGAAACAUCACAGUUGUCGAGAUUGAGAAUUCUGGUCGCUUAGAUAAUAUAGACAAGAGUGCCUCUAAAGGAGAAUCCGAGGUACUACUGCAAGAAAGUUGUGAACCAACAUCCGACAAUUCAAAUCCCCUAACCAUUUUAGUUGAAGACGAAAAACAGUUACUUGACAAUGAUUCCUAUUUGUUGGCAGAUACGGGUAACGAGGGAAAUGAGAAACAUGAAUCUAGUAGCAAUGCAGUCUGUAAGUCACUACCAUUAGAAGGAGAAAAGCAAGAAACAGAAACAGGAAAGGAACCAACCAAGAAACUUUCUGCAGCUGCACCACCCUUUAAUCCAUCCACAAUUCCAGUUUUUGGCUCUGUUCCUGUACCAGGCUUCAAGGAUCACGGAGGUAUUUUGCCCCCACCAGUAAAUAUUGCUCCUUUGCUUCCAGUCAGUCCCCGAAGAACUCCGCAUCAGUCAGCUACGGCUAGGGUUCCAUACGGUCCACGAAUAUCUGGUGGCUAUAACAGAUAUGGGAACCGUGUUCCGCGGAAUAAAACUGUAUUCAUCUCAGGUGAACCCUCCCCUGAUGGUAACCCCAACAGUCCUCCUAGAAUAAUGAAUCCACAUGCCACAGAGUUUGUACCAGGCCAACAUUGGGUAUCUAAUGGCUAUGUUGUUUCUCCUAACGGUUAUAUAACUUCUCCAAAUGCCAUUCCAGGGUCUCCUAAUAAUUUUCCCCCAGUGUCUCCCAAUGGCAUGCCAGUGUCACCUAGUGGAUAUCCUGCUACUCUGAACGGUAUCCAAGUGAAUCAAAACGGGUCUGUACCAUCUCCAACCAUUUCAACUGAUUCAUCACAAGUUGCGUGUGUUGAAACUGAUAUUGAAAACAAAAGUCAAACUCUGGAUGAGGAAAGUAAAAAUUCUAUUCCAACAGAUGUAAGUUCCGAAAAGAAACAUGUUGAGCAAAAUCCUCAAGAACUAUCUGCCAGCAGUGAAAACUCUACUCCUAAAGUAGAAGAAAAGCAGGCAGAUCUCAGCCCCCCAUCUGAUUUUAGUAACGAAGAUACAGUAAUCAAGAAGGAUGCUGUGGAUCAGAAAAAGCAAAGCAAGUGUUGGGGAGAUUACAGUGACAGUGAAGCUGAUAUCAUUGAGGUCACAAGCUAAGGAGUGGUAAGCUUUUCUUAUUAAAAUGAUAAAAAUAAAAUAAAAAAGAAACUGUUUCCUCUUAGCUAGGGGGGUUUUAUGCCUAUCGAGAUACCAAAAAGUGAUGCCAGAAUUGACUGGACUGAGGAGGUCUUUGCGGCAGAACUGAUUAUUUGAGGAUUUGUGAAAGGCCUCACGUUGCUUGGUACAUACUUCUCUCUGGAGGUUCAAAUUUAGAGCGUGAUUUUGUGAAGGUCACCAUGAUAAUGGAUGGGGAAGGCUUUCUUGAUAGCUAAUUGGCCAUGUCUUGAAUUGUUUUAAUUUUUCCUGCUACUUUCUUUUUGCUUAUCCAAAAUGGAAAUACUCUUACGGCUCAUCACUAGGUUGCAAUUGCCAGACAAUUAAGGCUUCAUUUGUCGGGCCUGUAUUUGCUUUUUCAAGUUGUAGCAGCAACCCUUAGAUCUUACGAACUUGUUCAUAAUUUUAUUUUUAAACGGUGACAAUGUUUUGCACUAAAAUUCCGAGUUUGAUAGUGACGGAGCGAUGAUUUACUUCAAA